AUGAUGAACUGGGCGAAACAACAGAUGGCCAAUGUGGUCGGCACCCAAGAACCAAUCUAUGGGCCAUCUGCGAUCCAAUCUGUCGCUGUCCAAGCCAAGACCACACCCUACUCGGAGCUGACAACAAAGGAUGUGAAAUGGGCUGCUAUGGACUCGACAUGUGUGGAAACACAGAGCUUCUAUCUUUUCGCGGAGACUGGACAUAUUGCCCUCGCGCAGGUCAUUUACAGCAACGUUGCCGAAAACAAACCAAACCUCUGGUCCUCUGACCAACUCCAUGACGUUGACAUCAGCGAAGACAGGCUGAACUUCUACGCUGAGAAUUGCGCCGUCGAGCUUUCUAAGGAUGGCACAGCUUACUCGAUCAAGUCCAUGACCAACGAGAAAUCUAUUGUCAAUGUCACUGUCACUCGAGUCGCACCAGGCUUUCAAGUUGGAAAGGAUGGAACAACGUAUUUCGGCACAGACCCCAAGGCACCUUGGGGCUCCAUGAGACAUGCUUUCUGGCCUAGAAACACUGUUGAAGGCACAAUUGUGACGGAAGAUGGACCAAUAGACUUCAAGGGGACGGCAUUGUUCAUCCAUGCUCUUCAAGGAAUGAAACCGCACCAUGCUGCCGCAAAAUGGACCUUUGCCGAUUACCAAGGCCCGCAUUUCUCUGCCAUCAUGAUGGAAUUCACGACUCCACCAUCCUACGGAUCAACUGUCGUCAAUGUUGGUGGUCUUGUCAAAGAUAACGAGAUCAUAUGUGCUGGAUCCUUGAAUUCCGCCGCCCAUAGCAAGGUCAAAGGGGAUCCCGAAAAUGAUUGGCCAGAGCCCGAGGAAAUAAAAUUUCAGUGGUCAGGUACAACAAAAGACGGCAAAACUGUUGAAGCUGUUCUAGAAGGGCCUUUAGACGAAAGACUUGACAGAGUCGAUGUUAUGGCCGAAGUGCCAGGCUUCGUGAAGAAGAUCGUUGCUGGAGCUGCUGGAACAAAACCCUAUAUCUACCAGUACUCCCCACAUGCAAGCCCAACCACGUUGAAGGUGAAGAUUGGCGAUGAAGAGACGACUGAGCAGGGAACUCUCUUCAGCGAGGCUACCUUCAUCUCUGCAUGAUUAUAAUCGAUUGGAAUUCUCGUCGUUGGUUUAUGACAAUUAUGGCGUUCAGCAGAGGAGAGAUCACACUCGUUGGAUAGGCAUCGUGGCUUAUGUUUCGCCCGUAGCACUCUAAUAAUAGAGCCUCGGAUUAUUAAUGAGGCUUGGAUGGCUU